AUGGCGAGCGACAAGACGGCGCUGCCGGUUAACGUUCAACCUCCGGCGGCGGCGGCGGGAGGAGGAGGAGGAGCUGCGGUCGGACUGGGAGCGGGAGGCGGCGGCGGUGGCGGCGGAGGAGGAGGAGUGGGGUCGGGAGGACUCGGUACCAAACCGCCGCAGCAGCAGCAGCCGCCGCCCCCCCCGACCGCCGCCGCCGCCGCCGAGAUGCUCGGCUCCGUGGUCUCCCUCUCGGGCAUUAACCCGUCGGUCCCCAUCAGGAAUAUAAAGAUGAAAUUCGCCGUCCUCAUCGGACUCAUCCAAGUCGGGGAGGUCAGCAAUCGGGACAUCGUCGAGACGGUGCUCAACCUGUUGGUUGGUGGCGAAUUUGAUUUGGAGAUUAAUUUCAUAAUUCAGGACGCAGAGAGUAUAGCAUGCAUGAUAGAACUCCUUGAACACUGUGAUGUAACCUGCCAGGCAGAGAUCUGGAGUAUGUUUACAGCAAUUCUGCGAAAGAGUGUACGCAACCUACAGGCAAGCACAGAAGUUGGUCUUAUUGAACAAGUGCUGCUAAAGAUGAACAAAGUGGAUGACAUGAUAGCAGAUCUACUGGUUGAUAUGUUGGGUGUUUUAGCCAGCUACAGCAUUACUGUCAAGGAAUUGAAACUACUUUUCAGCAUGCUGCGUGGAGAAAAUGGAAUCUGGCCAAGACAUGCAGUUAAAUUGCUCUCAGUUCUGAAUCAGAUGCCUCAAAGACAUGGCCCAGAUACCUUCUUUAACUUCCCUGGUCGGAGUGCAGCAGCCAUCGCCUUGCCUCCUAUUGCUAAGUGGCCUUACCAAAAUGGUUUUACUUUAAAUACUUGGUUUCGUAUGGAUCCAUUGAAUAAUAUAAAUGUGGACAAGGACAAACCAUAUCUCUACUGCUUUCGAACGAGUAAAGGAGUUGGCUAUUCAGCACAUUUUGUUGGAAACUGUUUGAUAGUAACAUCAUUAAAGUCAAAAGGAAAAGGUUUCCAGCACUGUGUGAAGUAUGAUUUUCAGCCUAGAAAGUGGUACAUGAUCAGCAUAGUUCACAUCUACAACCGCUGGAGAAAUAGUGAGAUCCGUUGUUAUGUUAAUGGUCAGCUGGUUUCCUAUGGCGAUAUGGCUUGGCACGUCAACACAAAUGAUAGCUUUGACAAAUGUUUCCUCGGUUCAUCGGAAACUGCAGAUGCAAAUAGAGUAUUUUGCGGCCAACUUGGAGCAGUUUAUGUCUUUAGUGAAGCCCUCAACCCAGCACAAAUAUUUGCAAUACACCAACUAGGACCUGGAUAUAAGAGUACCUUUAAGUUCAAAUCAGAGAGUGACAUCCAUCUGGCUGAACACCAUAAGCAAGUACUCUAUGAUGGGAAGCUGGCUAGUAGUAUAGCCUUCACAUAUAAUGCCAAGGCUACUGAUGCACAGCUUUGCCUUGAAUCAUCACCAAAGGAAAACCCCUCAAUUUUUGUACAUUCCCCACACGCACUCAUGUUACAGGAUGUAAAAGCUAUUGUCACCCACUCGAUUCACAGUGCAAUCCAUUCAGUUGGUGGUAUUCAGGUUCUUUUCCCAUUGUUUGCACAAUUGGACUGUCUUCAGCAAAAUGACAGUCUGGUGGAGACCACAGUCUGUGCAACACUUUUGGCAUUUCUAGUUGAUCUGCUGAAGAGCUCAGUCGCCAUGCAAGAACAAAUGUUGGGUGGAAAAGGCUUCUUGGUAAUUGGCUACCUCUUAGAAAAGUCCUCCAGAAUUCACAUAUCUCGAGCCGUUCUUGAACAGUUUUUGUCUUUUGCUAAGUACUUGGAUGGUUUGAGCCAUGGAGCACCUUUACUGAAACAGUUGUGUGAUCAUAUUCUUUUCAAUCCUGCCAUUUGGAUUCACACUCCUGCAAAGGUUCAACUUUCACUUUACACCUACUUGUCUGCUGAAUUCAUCGGUACCGCUACUAUCUACAGUACUAUCCGCAGAGUGGGAACAGUACUACAAUUAAUGCACACACUCAAGUAUUAUUAUUGGGUAGUUAAUCCAAAUGAUUGUAGUGGUAUUUCUCCCAAAGGACAAGCCACAAUUGAGAAUUUAGAUUUACCCGCAAUCAAAAUCAAAGGUAACUUUGCCACCUAUGGUCCUCGCCCAUCUCAGAAAGAAAUUAUUUCAUUACGGGCAUUUAUGCUGCUAUUUUUGAAACAACUGAUUUUGAAGGAUCGUGGUGUGAAGGAAGACGAACUGCAAAGUAUCCUAAACUACCUGUUAACCAUGCACGAGGAUGAAAACAUCCAUGAUGUUCUGCAACUACUGGUUGCUCUGAUGUCAGAACACCCUGCAUCCAUGAUACCUGCUUUUGAUCAGCGAAAUGGAAUACGUGUUAUAUACAAAUUACUGGCUUCUAAAAGUGAAAGCAUCCGAGUCCAAGCCUUGAAAGUCCUGGGUUACUUCCUCAAACAUCUUGGUCACAAAAGGAAGGUGGAGAUCAUGCAUACGCACAGUCUAUUCACACUGCUUGGAGAGAGGCUAAUGCUUCAUACAAAUACUCUUUCUGUAACAACGUAUAAUACACUUUAUGAGAUCUUGACAGAACAAGUGUGCACACAGGUGGUCCAUAAGCCUCAUCCAGAGCCUGACUCGACAGUAAAAAUUCAGAAUCCAAUGAUUCUCAAAGUGGUAGCUACUUUGUUGAAAAACUCUACGCCAAGCACUGAACUGAUGGAAGUUAGGCGCCUAUUUUUAUCAGAUAUGAUAAAAUUGUUCAGCAACAGUCGAGAGAACAGAAGAUGUCUCUUACAGUGUUCAGUCUGGCAAGACUGGAUGUUCUCUCUUGGUUAUAUCAAUCCAAAAAGCUCCGAGGAGCAGAAAAUCACAGAGAUGGUUUACAAUAUUUUCCGUGUUCUCCUGUAUCAUGCAAUUAAGUAUGAGUGGGGAGGUUGGCGCGUCUGGGUAGAUACUCUCUCGAUAGCACAUUCUAAGGUCACUUAUGAAGCUCACAAAGAAUACUUAGCCAAGAUGUAUGAAGAGUAUCAAAGACAAGAGGAGGAGAACAUCAAGAAAGGAAAAAAAGGCGGUGUCAGCACCAUUUCGGGCCUCUCAUCUCAGGCUGUAGGAUCCAAAGGAGGUAUAGAGAUUCGAGAAAUUGACGACAAUUCCCAUACUCAGAGCCCAGAGAGUGAAACUGACUAUCCGGUCAGCACAGAUUCCAGAAUUCUACUUGUAGAAGCAAAGAUACCCAAUAAUGGAGUCGGAGUUUCAGACAGAUCAGCAGCGGCAGGAGGAGGAGGAGGAGUACGUGUGGAGGUUCACGAUCUCCUCGUGGAUAUCAAGGCUGAGAAGGUAGAUGCCACUGAAGUAAAGCUUGAUGAUCUGGACCUGUUGCCUGAAACGCUUGCUGGAGAGAAUGGGAACCUUGUGGAGGUAGAUUCUCUGUUAGGCAAUGUAUAUACCUCCACUGUUGAAACCCUCAAGAGUAAUAUCAAUGACACUUCCAUUUCUCAACCAAGGGAAGAAAGGGACAGUGGUCCCUUGAUAUCUCUGGUAGAUGAAAAGGAGGAUGAGCCUGCAAAUAGUAACUCAUUUCUCUUUGAUAAAAGAGCCAACCAUCAGGAAAAACUACUGACAGAGCUGCCUUCUCCUGACAAUCUUUCCCUUACAAAUAUACAGGAUGCCCAACUAAAUACAAGUGCUUGUGAUGAUCUGGGGCUGUUAGCUCACAUGACAAGCAAUUCAGACGUGUCUUGUCCAAAACCAGCCACAGAGGACAAGAAUUUCAAAAUUCAAAGCAGUUUGGUUGAAAUGAACAUCCUGUCUGAGGCCGAAGGAGUUUCAAAAGGAACAGAAUUUGCUGAAAUUGUUGGCAUCGACUCUGAGCUGUCUUCAAAAAAAGCUGUUGUUAAUUUAGAUGCUGCCAGCACGACAUCAGACACCGAAAGAUCUGAUGAUGGCAAAGAAACAGGAAAGGAAAUUAAAAAGAUUCAGACCACAACCACAACCCAGGCUGUUCAGGGCCGUGGAGGAGCUCUGCAAGAAAGAGACCUACGUGUUGAUCUGGGAUUCCGGGGAAUGCCUAUGACUGAGGAGCAACGUCGCCAGUUUAGCCCAGGACCACGCACAACAAUGUUCCGCAUCCCUGAAUUCAAGUGGUCCACCAUGCAUCAGCGACUGCUGACAGAUCUGCUGUUCGCUUUGGAAACUGAUGUCCACGUUUGGAGAAGCCAUGCCACAAAGUCAGUGAUGGAUUUUGUGAACAGCAAUGAGAAUAUUAUUUUUGUGCACAAUACAAUUCAUCUUAUUUCUCAAAUGGUGGACAACAUUAUCAUUGCUUGUGGUGGAAUCUUACCUUUGUUAUCAGCAGCAACAUCGCCUUCUGGUUCAAAGACUAUCAGAGUGGACUCUAGAGCCCCAGUUGACAAUGGGAGACUCCACAGCCCUGGCAAAUCACUUACUGAGCUGGAAAAUAUUGAGGCAACCCAAGGCAUGUCAACAGAGACAGCAGUAACGUUCCUAAACAGGCUGAUGGCCAUGGUUGAUGUGCUGGUUUUCUCAAGCUCACUCAAUUUCAGUGAGAUUGAAGCAGAAAAGAACAUGUCAUCUGGAGGCUUAAUGCGUCAAUGCCUGAGGCUUGUUUGCUGUGUUGCUGUAAGAAAUUGCCUGGAGUGUCGCCAGAGGCAAAGGGAAAGGAUGGGAAAGACUUCAUUUGCCAACAGUAAGACCCAGGAGAAUCUUCACAGUACAGGAUCCAACGCAACCAAGACUGGAGUUGAAAAUGUCACUGGUAAUCUUUCUCCAAUUAAGGAUCCUGACAGAUUGCUUCAAGAUGUGGACAUUAACCGUUUGCGAGCCGUUGUCUUCCGUGACGUGGAUGACAGUAAACAGGCUCAGUUUUUGGCUUUGGCUGUUGUGUACUUUAUCUCUGUCCUCAUGGUUUCAAAAUACAGAGAUAUUCUGGAGCCACAGCGUGAAAUUGCAAGAUCUGUAAGCCAUAUAAGUCGAAAUAUUAGACAAGAAAUAAACUCACCCACAAGUACAGAAAAUCCAGUUACAUUUCCUGAGAGCAACAAAGACAAAGAAAUCAUAACACCAAUUGAAGAUGUGCAAGUUGAAAGCUCGAUUCCACAUACAGAUUCAGGCAUUGGAGAGGAGCAUAUAUCUAGCCUCAUGAAUGGCUCUGAUAUCGAAACAAACACUGGCCUGGAUGCCAUGAGUGAUCUUCUGUCUUCGUUGUCCUCAGAAGUAAAGAAGUCACGAGAAAGUUUAGCUGAAAGCCCAACUGAAAUACUGAAGCCAGCUUCAUCUAUAGCCAGCAUCAGCCAAGGAAAAGGCAUGAAUGUAAAGGAGAUUCUAAAGAGCCUAGUUGCAGCACCUAUGGACAGUGCAGAAUCUGGACCGGAACCUGUAUCGUACCCUGAUCCUACUGUGAAGAGAGAAACACAGGCUAUUCUCCCAAUGCAGUUUCAUUCCUUUGACAGGAGCGUGGUUGUACCAGUAAAGAAACCUCCUCCGGGGAGUCUGGCUGUCAAUACUGUCGGUGGAGCUGGAGCUACAGGUGGUCUUGCCACUGGGAGUGCAUCAAAUGCCAUCACACCUACAGGGACUACACCAAAAAGUAUGAUAAACACCACAGGUCCUGCAGAGGCUGCUUCCACAUCCUCCUCUUCCUCUUCCUCUAGUUUUGUGAAUGGUGCUACAAGCAAGAACCUUCCUGCAGUCCAGACUGUUGCUCCAAUGCCAGAGGACUCUGCUGAAAAUAUGAGCAUCACAGCCAAACUUGAGCGAGCCCUUGAAAAGGUUGCUCCACUAUUACGUGAAAUCUUCGUAGAUUUUGCUCCCUUCCUUUCACGAACUCUCCUUGGUAGCCAUGGACAGGAGUUGCUGAUCGAAGGUACAGGUCUUGUGUGUAUGAAGUCCAGCACCUCUGUGGUGGAACUGGUUAUGCUGCUAUGUUCACAGGAAUGGCAGAAUUCUAUUCAGAAGAAUGCAGGACUUGCAUUUAUUGAACUCAUCAAUGAAGGAAGGUUGCUAUGCCAUGCCAUGAAGGACCACAUAGUUCGAGUGGCUAAUGAAGCAGAGUUCAUUCUGAACAGACAGAGAGCUGAAGAUGUUCAUAAACAUGCAGAAUUUGAGUCCCAGUGUGCUCAGUAUGCUGCAGACAGAAGAGAGGAAGAAAAGAUGUGCGAGCAUCUCAUCAGUGCUGCCAAGCACCGAGAUCAUGUUACAGCCAAUCAACUAAAGCAGAAAAUUCUCAACAUCCUGACAAACAAGCAUGGUGCAUGGGGUAGCAUCCCUCAAAGGUAUGUUUGCAUUAUCUAUUAA